CGCCCGCCCGCGCCUGGCGGCGGUGGCGGUGGCGGCAGCGGCAGCAGUGGCAGCCGCGCAGCCCCGCGGAAUGGAGCGGCGCCUGGGCUGAGCCGGGCGCGCACGGGCCGCCGCAUGUGCCGCGCGGGGAGCGGCUCUCUAGCGGCGGAGAGCGAGCGCGAAAGGCCCCGUCGGAGCGGCCGCCGGAGCAGCGCCGGAGAUGGGAGAACAGCCCAUCUUCACCACCCGAGCGCAUGUCUUCCAGAUUGACCCCAACACCAAGAAGAACUGGAUGCCUGCGAGCAAGCAGGCGGUCACCGUUUCCUACUUCUAUGAUGUCACAAGGAACAGCUAUCGGAUCAUCAGUGUGGACGGAGCCAAGGUGAUCAUAAACAGCACAAUCACACCGAAUAUGACCUUCACCAAAACGUCACAGAAGUUUGGGCAGUGGGCCGACAGCAGAGCCAACACGGUGUUUGGUUUGGGGUUUUCCUCUGAGCAGCAGCUGACAAAGUUUGCAGAGAAAUUCCAGGAGGUGAAAGAAGCUGCCAAGAUAGCCAAAGACAAGACGCAGGAGAAAAUCGAGACCUCAAGUGAUCAUUCCCAAGCAUCCAGUGUCAAUGGGACGGAUGAUGAAAAGGCCUCUCACACCGGUCCAGCCAACACGCACCUGAAGUCUGAGAAUGAUAAGCUGAAGAUUGCCUUGACGCAGAGUGCUGCCAACGUGAAGAAAUGGGAGAUCGAGCUGCAGACCCUGCGGGAGAGCAAUGCCCGGCUGACCACAGCACUGCAGGAGUCAGCAGCCAGUGUGGAGCAAUGGAAGAGGCAGUUCUCCAUCUGCCGUGACGAGAACGACCGGCUUCGCAACAAGAUUGAUGAGCUGGAAGAACAAUGCAGUGAGAUCAACAGAGAGAAGGAGAAGAACACACAACUGAAGAGGAGGAUCGAGGAGCUGGAGGCAGAGCUCCGAGAAAAGGAGACAGAGCUGAAAGAUCUCCGAAAACAAAGUGAAAUCAUACCUCAGCUCAUGUCAGAGUGCGAAUAUGUCUCUGAGAAGCUAGAGGCGGCAGAGAGAGACAAUCAAAACCUGGAAGACAAAGUGCGUUCCUUAAAGACAGACAUUGAGGAGAGCAAAUACCGACAGCGCCACCUGAAGGUGGAGUUGAAGAGCUUCCUGGAGGUGCUGGAUGGGAAGAUUGACGACCUGCAUGACUUCCGCCGAGGCCUCUCCAAGCUGGGCACCGAUAACUAGGGCUGGCCGAGGCCCGGGCCCCGCCCGUGAGUCCCAAGUGUGUGUGCGAGACCAGAUAGCUCUAGGACGUUCUUCUGUGUGCAUUGCUUCUGUAAAUGCAGGCGCAGUUUGUCGUGUUUCCAAACCAGUUGUGCCGUCCACUCACUCCUUUCCAGAAUAGAAAUCUCCUCUCGCUUCUCUGGCCUUGUGAGGUUGUGGACAACUGGAAGAUUCUGACUCAGGAAUCCAGAACUAGGUCUACCUUCAACAUUUACGCAGUCAGGGCAGGGAUGUUUAUAUCUUUCAUAAGGGCUGUUGCAACCAUAUGAACUGAAAAAAUGCAUUUUCUAAUCCAAAUAUUGAUAUUCUUUGCACCAGGCCAUCAGGCUCCUUUUAUCAAAUAGCAUUCAGAGUAUUUGAAUGUCCAUCAGGCACCAGCCGCGGGGGGCACAGAGAGAACAACAUUCUUCUCCAUCAACAUCGAGAGGCUUUAUUUAAAACAACUGUUUAGUGGAAACUUAUUGAGAGAUGGAAAACAAGCUUCUGGUGGGUGCAUUUUCUGGCCCAGGAGUCGCCUGCAUCCACGAUACUGCCCCUGCCCCCCAGUUUGUAUGGUUGCGACAGUGUUCCUUUUCUUGGUUUUAAUUUCUGAGCAGAUGAUUGUGCUGUGGGAACAGCACACAGUGAGGGUGCCUAGCACAAUGCCUGGCACUAAGUAGGUGCUUAAUAAAUGUUUGUUCUACUAAAUGUG